AUGAUAGGCCGAAAAGGGAAAAUAAAAAAAACUAUAAAGAAUGUUCUAUGCCGGCCUGACCCUGUAAAGUGGCCUUUAAUAAACGAUGCUGAAAGAAAUUCUCUAAAAUCAGUUUUGGAGUUGUAUAAAAUUCAUGUUCCACAGUUUAAAAAACCACACUGGAAUGAAAUUAAGUUGAUGCCCAAAGGCGAUCGGCCAAAACCUUCGCCACUUCAGAGAGUAAAAGGAUUAUUAUUCGGUAUAUCAGAAUGUAAAAAUGCCAUUACAGAUGGUCAGUGUUGUUCAGUACUUAUAGAAGCAAAUGUGAACCCAAGGACCAUAGUUCAACCGAUUAUUGAAAAAUGUUAUUCUUUAAAUAUACCCAUACUAUGUGUAGAAAAUUUAAGACAAAUGAGUAAGAUUUAUUUUGGCAUAAAAACCAGCUGUCUAUGUGUUACAAAUGAUUGUUCGACAGAUUUAAGUAUUGAAAUAAAAGAAAUAUUUCAAAAUUACAAACCAAGUAAACAUAUUAAGUUUGAUAAAAUUAUUGAUGAUACUGAAAAUAAUGAAAAAUCUCGCCAGAUUAAUGGUGACAAGAAAAUUAUUGAAACUAAUAUUGUGGAACCUUAUUUGUUUAGAACUGAUAAGAAAACUAGAGUUUUCAACCCAUCUGGUCCUAAGGAAAAAACAAAUGAUACAAAUAAAUUCAGCGGCCAGCAAUACAUUAAAGUGUCGGAUGAAAAAAUGGAGGUGGAUGUAUCAAACGCAACAGAAAGAACGGCUUAUAUGAGAAUGAUAUUAAAAAGGAUUUCUAAUAAUCCAAAUAGAGUUAAAAGUAAGCAAUGA